UCAAGCGCCGCGUUCAUAUCGUAAACCAGGAACAACAGCAAAGCACUCAUGUUGUAACUGAUCUGGAUGGUAGGAAACUGAUUGAAGAAACCGGAGAGAAGUCUCAAUUCCAAUUGUAUCGGCACCAUGAGCACACUAUGGAUGGGGAACUUGGAGCCCUACAUGGACGAUCAAUUCGUCACCAGCGCCUUCCGCACCCUGGGCGAACAGGUCAUCAAUGUGAGGAUAAUUCGAAACAAGAUGACCGGCGGGGGUCUGGGUUACUGCUUUGUGGAGCUGACCGAUGAAGCCACAGCGGAGAGAUGUCUACGCAAAGUCAAUGGAAAAGUCCUUCCAGGAGCCAACCCGCCCAGGAGAUUUAAGCUGAAUAGAGCUACUUUUGGUAAACAAGGCGAAAGUCAGAACUUCUCUCUGUUCGUUGGGGAUCUGACCCCGGAGGUAGACGACGGCAUGCUCUACGAGUUCUUCUACAACCGCUACCCUUCCUGUCGCGGAGGGAAGGUGGUGCUGGACACCACCGGUAACUCCAAGGGGUGUGGCUUCGUCCAGUUCCCAGACGAGCGGCUGCAGAAGAGGGCGCUGGACGAGUGCCAGGGCGCCGUGGGUCUCGGGGGCAAGCCGCUCCGCCUCAGCCUCGCCGCAAACAAGACCAGACAUCCUCCCGAGAACAAGUCAUGGCAGUCGAACUCUGCAGCCUACAGACCCAACUACCAGCAGUACGAUCCCUACCAACAGCAGGCCCAGUACCCCGGCUAUUACCCCAACUGGGGCUAUGACCCCAACGCGGACGGCUACGGAUACAAUUACAAUCAGUAUUACCCACAGACUGCAGCACAACCUCAGGAAACUGAGACUGAGACUGAGGAUACCGUGGAAGAUCCGAACCCAGAGCUGGAUGUGUGGGAGGCCAACAGGAAGUUCAUGGAGCUGAGCGAGGAGUUGUACGACGCGCUGAUCGACUGUCACUGGCAGCCGUCUGCCGGCGCCGCAGACCUGGGACUGUCUCUCAGUCUACCAGAGACCGUGCAUUGUUGAUAUGUUGUUUAUAUUUUCGUUUAUCCAUUAAAUAAAUGAGUACAUAGCUUG